AUGCUUCCCAUAUGGAGUUUUAAGCAGGAAUAUAGAUCACAUCCAACUGUAGGCACUGAGACAAGAGACAGGGUAGCAGGGCAGACCAAAGAUUGCAACAGGGACUGCAGCAGCAAGCAAGAUGGAGAAGUACUGGGGCUGGCCAGGAAACAGCAGACACCUGCCUUAUUGUAACCAGCUCCUUUGUACCUGCUACCUGUUGUGUAAGCUAAAAUUAUGACCCCAGUGGAUGUUGGAUGUUCAGUCAACAUUAUAGCCUCUUAUCAGUUCUGGUAUUCUGUAACCAAGUUGCUGAAUAAAUAUUUUGCAACUUAGUUAAUGUAGGUGGAUGGGUAAAUCAACUAUGUUUCAUCGUUGUUUGCUCUGGUUUUCCUGGUCGCUGAAUAACCCACUCCUUUCAUGUUAGGGAUAUUAGAGCUGAGGGUACCUUUCUCGUUCCCAACCUUCGAGUCAGCUUUCUGAUUUACUUAAGGCAGGGGUGUCCAUACUUUUUUCAAAGAGGGCCAGAUUUGAUGAAGUGAACAUGUGUGAGGGUCGACUAAAGCUUUUUUUAGGAUUAAAGUUGUUGAGCUUCUUUUGGGAUUUCCCCCCAAAGUUCUUGAGCUUUUUUGAUUUCACCCCAGGAAAUAAACUGCCACAGGGGUCGGAUUAAACUGAAUGGCAGGCCUAAUCUGGCCACACUUUGAUCAUGCCUGACUUAAGGACUUCUAAAAAUCCAGAUGGCGCCAAUUCAUACACAGCAAAAUUAGAUCUAUUAGUAUUGACUUGGAAUAAUUUUUGUGAGCAAUAUAUUUAUUGCAAUAUCCAAAUUAGAUUGCUUUUGAAAAACAAAACAUGAGUCAGCUAUAGAUAAAAUCUGCUCCCCCAGGUUCUAUGGUUUAAAUACAACCGAUAACAGGAUCACUUCUAUCUUAAAGUUAAUAAUUCCAGACCAAUGCAGGGCAUUUAUGUUAACCCAACUGAACAUUUUCCCGUCAGUUUUGUUAAGGGCAGAUACUUAAACAUCCCUAGAAACAUUGCUUAUGUUAUUUAAAUGUGCUGGACACUGUAGAACAAAUUCUUUUUACUGUCCACUCUAUACCGUAUUUUUUGCUCUAUAAGACUCACUUUUACCCUCCUAAAAAGUAAGGCGAAAUGUGUGUGCAUCUUAUGGAGCGAAUGCAGGCUGCGCAGCUAUCCCAAAAACCAGAACAGCAAGAGGGAUUUCUGCUUUCACUGUGCAGUGAUUCCUCUUGCUGUUCUGGCUUGUGAGAUUCAGAAUAUUUUUUUUCUUGUUUUCCUCCUCCAAUAACUAGGUGCGUCUUGUGGUCUGGUGCAUCUUAUAGAGCGAAAAAUAUGGUAACCAGCUACAUAAAUGCGUGUUAUCACCCUUUUUGGAUAGUUUAACUGCGUGAGCCCUGCAGCCGGGGGCAGAGCGACCCACCAUUUGGCGCACCGCCCACCCACGACUGCAAACUGUCACUCCCCUCAGCUCACUGUAGUUUGCUUUCUGCAAGACCAAACUGACAUUGAUUAUAUAAGUAACACAUUCCUGAAGUGCUUUUACUGUCAGUAGCAUCAUCUCCAAAACUCGCGUCAGCAUAAAUUUCAAGACCUCCAGAUUUUUGGUUAGUAAACCUUAAUCUGUAGUGCAUAGUACUCUUUAGAUAUCUGGCUAUGUGUUUUAGUCCUUUCCAGUCUUGAAUGGAGCUUGAAUGGGGCUUUCCAAUCCCCUUCAUGGAUCACUGCCUCCCCUUCAUGGAUCACUGCCUUGCCGUGGCGAAGGGGCUUGAAUAACUCAGAGAAGCUAUGAGCUAUGCCGUGCAGGGCCACCCAAGAUGCACAGGUCAUAGUGGAGAGUUUUGACCAAACGUGAUCCACCUGGGCAGCCCACUCCAGUAUCCCUGCCAAGAAAACUCCAUGGACAAAGACAACAGGCAUAUAAAAGUUAUGACGCUGGAAGAUGAGCCCCUCAGGUCGGAAGGCGCCCAACAUGCUACUGGGGAAGAGCGGAGGACAAGUGCAAGUAGAUUCAGAGCUGAUGAAGCGGCUGGGCCAAAGCCGAAAGGACGCUCAGUUGCGGAUAUGCCUGGAAGCGAAAGGAAAGUCCUAUGCUGUAAAGAAAAAUAUUGCAUAGGAACCUGGAAUGUAAGAACCAUGAACCUUGGUAAGUUGGAUGUGGUCAAAAAUGAGAUGGCAAGAAUAAAUAUUGACAUCCUGGGCAUCAGGGAACUAAAAUGGACGGGAAUGGGCGAAUUCAGUUCGGAUGACCAUCAUAUCUACUACUGUGGGCAAGAAUCCCGUAAAAGAAAUGGAGUGGCCCUCAUAGUCAACAAAAGAGUGGCGAAAGCUGUACUGGGAUGCAAUUUCAAAAAUGAUAGAAUGAUCUCGAUACUGAAUCCAAGGCAGACCUUUUAACAUCACAGUAAUCCAAGUUUAUGCACCAACCACUGGUGCUGAAGAAACUGAAAUUGACCAAUUCUAUGAAGACUUACAACACCUUAUAGAAAUGACACCAAAGAAGGAUGUUCUUCUCAUUAUAGGGGAUUGGAAUGCUAAAGUAGGGAGCCAAGAGAUAAAAGGAACAACUGGCAAGUUUGGCCUUGGAGUUCAAAAUGAAGCAGGGCAAAAGCUAAUACAGUUCUGCCAAGAGAACAAGCUGGUCAUCACAAACACUCUUUUCCAACAACACAAGAGACGACUCUACACAUGGACAUCACCAGAUGGGCAGCAUCAAAAUCAGAUUGAUUAUAUUCUCUGCAGCCAAAGAUGGAGAAGCUAUAUACAGUCAGCAAAAACAAGACCUGGAGCUGACUGUGGCUCAGAUCAUCAGCUUCUUAUAGCAAAAUUCAAGCUUAAACUGAAGAAAGUAGGAAAAACCACUGGGCUGGUAAGAUACAAUCUAAGUCAAAUCCCUUAUGAAUACACAGUGGAAGUGAGGAACAGGUUUAAGGAUUUAGAUUUGGUGGACAGAGUGCCUGAAGAACUAUGGAUAGAGGCUCGUAACAUUAUACAAGAGGCAGCAACUAAAAUCAUCCCACUGAAAAGGAAAUGCAAGAAAGCAAAGUGGCUGUCCAACGAGGCCUUACAAAUAGCAGGGGAGAGAAGGCAAGCAAAAUGCGAGGGAGAUAGUGAAAGAUACAGGAAAUUGAAUGCAGAUUUCAAAAAAAUAGCAAGGAGAGCCACGAAGGCCUUCUUAAACGAGCAAUGCAAAGAAAUAGAGGAAAACAAUAGAAUGGGAAAAACCGGAGAUCUGUUCAAGAAAAUUGGAGAUAUGAAAGGAACAUUUUGUACAAAGAUUUCCAUAAUAAAAGACAAAAGUGGAAAGGACCUAACAGAAGCAGAAGACAUCAAGAAGAGGUGGCAAGAAUACACAGAGGAACUAUAUCAGAAAGAAAUGGAUGCCUCGUAUACCCCAGGUAGUGUGGUUGCUGACCUUGAGCCAGACAUCCUGGAGAGUGAAGUCAAAUGGGCCUUAGAAAGCACUGCUAAUAACAAGGCCAGUGGAAGUGAUGAUAUUCCAGCUGAACUAUUUAAAAUUUUAAAAGAUGAUGCUGUUAAGGUGCUUCACUCAAUAUGCCAGCAAAUUUGGAAAACUCAGCAGUGGCCAGAGGAUUGGAGAAGAUCAGUCUACAUCCCAAUCCCAAAGAAGGGAAGUGCCAAAGAAUGCUCCAACUACCGCACAAUUGCACUCAUUUCACACGCUAGCAAGGUUAUGCUUAAAAUUCUACAAGGCAGGCUUAAGCAGUAUGUGGACCGAGAACUCCCAGAAGUGCAAGCUGGAUUUAGAAGAGGCAGAGGAACCAGAGACCAAAUUGCAAACAUGCGCUGGAUUAUGGAGAAAGCUAGAGAGUUCCAGAAAGACAUCUACUUCUGCUUCAUUGACUAUGCAAAAGCCUUUGACUGUGUCGACCACAGCAAACUAUGGCAAGUUCUUAAAGAAAUGGGAGUGCCUGAUCACCUCAUCUGUCUCCUGAGAAAUCUCUAUGUGGGACAAGAAGCUACAGUUAGAACGGGAUAUGGAACAACUGAUUGGUUCAAAAUUGGGAAAGGAGUACGGCAAGGCUGUAUAUUGUCUCCCUGCUUAUUUAACUUAUAUGCAGAAUUCAUCAUGCGAAAGGCUGGGCUGGAUGAAUCCCAAGCCAGAAUUAAGAUUGCUGGAAGAAAUAUCAACAACCUCAGAUAUGCAGAUGACACAACCUUGAUGGCAGAAAGUGAGGAGGAAUUAAAGAACCUUUUAAUGAGGGUGAAAGAGGAGAGCGCAAAAUAUGGUCUGAAGCGCAACAUCAAAAAAACGAAGAUCAUGGCCACUGGGCCCAUCACCUCCUGGCAAAUAGAAGGGGAAGAAAUGGAGGCAGUGAGAGAUUUUACUUUCUUGGGCUCCAUGAUCACUGCAGAUGGUGACAGCCUGCUCCUUGGGAGAAAGGUGAUGGCAAACCUAGACAGCGUCUUAAAAAGCAGAGACAUCACCUUACCAACAAAGGUCCAUAUAGUUAAAGCCAUGGUUUUCCCAGUAGUGAUGUAUGGAAGUGAGAGCUGGACCAUCAAGAAGGCUGAUCGCCGAAGAAUUGAUGCUUUUGAAUUAUGGUGCUGGAGGAGACUCUUGAGAGUCCCAUGGACUGCAAGAAGAUCAAACGUAUCCAUUCUUAAGGAAAUCAGCCCUGAGUGCUCACUGGAAGGACAGAUCGUGAAGCUGAGGUGCCAAUACUUUGGCCAUCUCAUGAGAAGAGAAGACUCCCUGGAAAAGACCCUGAUGCUGGGAAAGAUUGAGGGCACAAGAAGAAGGGGACGACAGAGGACAAGAUGGUUGGACAGUGUUCUCGAAGCUACAAACAUGAGUCUGACCAAACUGCAGGAGGCAGUGGAAGACAGGAGUGCCUGGCGUGCUCUGGUCCAUGGGGUCACGAAGAGUCAGACACGACUAAACGACUAAACAACAACAACAGUCUUGAAUAGCAGGUCGAGUAGCAUGUCUGCUGAGCAGAUUUAUGCUGACAGCUAUAACCAGUCUACUGCGCCUUGCAAUAAAACUGAGCCUUCCUAACACACUUCUGAACAAUGUAUUAUCAGAGAACGUAUCACCAGUAUCAUCAUGUUUGAAACCUGUGACCAUGGGUGUGUCUACAGCAUUGGCAUCACUCACGUUUAAUUCAUCAAUCACAUCUCUGAUUUUGUGUGUCUGAUGUACCAAAAUAUCACCUUGCUCAUUUCUUUCUAUUUCUAGAGAGAGAUAAUUGGUUACAUCUCCAAGAUUUUUCAUAUCAAAAUGUUUCUGCAGUUUGGCAAGUGUGUUUUUGUACUCUGCUUCAUUUUUCCAUAAAAACAGAAUAUCAUCAACCAAGCAAAUGCAGUAAAGUUUGUGUUGGUUAUUUUCUUUCACAAACACACAAGAGUCAGCUUUCCCUUGUUUAAAAUCUAAUGAGAACAGUACCUCUGUUAGUUUAGUGUGCCAGUAUCGAGAGUCUGUUUCAAACAAUACAGGGAUUUUUUGAGUUUACAAACCAUUCCCUCUUUAACCUGUACACCAUCAGGUGGUAACAUGUAAACUGCACCCCCCUUCCUCCACCCCUGUCCCCAGCCAAGGUCAGCAAAUUGAUUUAUCCUUGUCUGAAGAGCAAAGACUCUUCUUUGGCAAUGUUUGGACAAUGUUUAAAACAAAUACCUUUCAACAGUCCGGGUUAAGUAUUAAUGAAGCACUGUGCUCACAUUGCAGUUUGCAUAAAUAGCAGAUCAUAAAGAAUCAGAGGCUUUCUAACAGAAAGGAAGGUUCUGCACAACUGCUGUAAGUAUCUGUCCUCUUUGGGUGUCCUCAAAACUGUCACUGUUUUGCGGGGGAAGUUCAAGCGCAUACCAGAACCUUUUCAGGCUUGUGCAGUUAAAGUGGAUAAAAGUGUUUUGUUGCCCUACCACAACAAAUCCAUUGCUUUGGAAAGCAAUGGGUAAAAAUGCACUUAAAAGUGUGGGGGUGAACAAAUGAUAAAUUGGAAGAGGUGUAUAAACAGUAUAAGCAAAUCAGGAUGAGUGAAGGAUAAAAGCUUAUUGACAUGCAGACCAGACAUAGGGCAGUAUCCAGCCAGUGUCCCAUCAGUGCCUGGAUCAACGUUUACACAGUGGAACUGUUGCUCAAGUUUAAAUCUUUGCACUGACUGAACACGUUAUUUAGAUACUGUCCGUAGUCAAUCUACCAUGCAAGCAAAUCAGGAUGAAUACAGAAUAAGCAAACUCAUCUGGAUAAACCGGGGGAUAGAGCAGUUAAAUACUGCUUCGCAAUGUAUUUGAAAAUACUGUGCCAUAUUUUCAAGUGAGUAUCUUUAAAUCUGCCUAUUCUCCUGAAAAAAACUGUCUUUAAGUGACUUCUUGUUGUCCAUUAUCAGGGCCAAUAAGAGUGAUACUUAGGAUUUUUAUUUCUUGCACUACUCAGAAUCAUACAUAAACUUACUUUAAUGUCCUCGUCACUCAGGAUGUUGGGUAAUUGUGAAAGUUUCCCCAGAUUUCCCUUCAAAUUUUUGUGCUGAUUGUUUAUGUUUGUGCACAUAAACCGGAGAAAUGAAAGCAUAUUUUUUGUUUCCAAGUUUAAAAAUGAUUUCUUUGUACUCAUGCAUGAAAAGGGGAGUGAACAUCAUCUGGUGCAGAAAAGCAUACACAUUUCCAAGAUUGGCAUGUAUUAUAGAGUUUUUUAAUGAUUUAGAAGAAAGUAAACAUGAGUAUAUUGAAAAGAGAAUGUGAUUGCAUGGAAAGAGUAUGGGGGAAGGGCCAGAGCAAAGGGCAGAACAAAUCAUAGCAUCUUCAGGCAGCGCUAGGAAUGCCCACUGCCUGAAACUCUGGAAAGCAGCUAUCAAUCAGUGCAGACAAUACUGAACUAGACUGAACAAUGGCCUGGCUCUGUUUAGGUAACUUCCUAUGCUACUGUAAAGCAUGGGAGUUAAAUAAUGCCGUUGGGAAUGUACCAGCCCUCUCUGGCCAAUGCCAGCUCUAAAACACUAAAUGCAAUUUAAUGUUUAUCACUGAUAAGAAGUGACAGCCAGCAGUUUGGCACAGUGCUUACUCAGAAGAAGAUCCAAUGUAGAAAUGACCUCCACCUUGCUGUUUUUAAUUCACCUCACAAACUUGUGUUUAGCUUAUAGCUACCCAGUGUAGUUUGAACUUCUUUUUCUAGCAUUUGAAACCGAGACUCUAGAUAGAUGAUGAUGCUAGAUAGAUAGAUGAUAGAUGAUAGAUAGAUGAUUGAUAGAUAGAUGAUAGAUAGAUAGAUGCAUCUUCAGUUAAAAGAUAUAGAACCCACCCUAUUUUUCUGAUUGUAAGUUGAUUUUAAUAUUGUCUUAAUAUAUAAUAAAUUUGUAAGACUGUGAUCAUGCUGCAGUUUAGGUAGCUGCUAAUUGGCGGCUUUGACAAUUCCAACAUGAUGGCAGAAUGGCAGACAGGCAAGUGAGCAAGAAGCGGGCAGCCCAAGCGAGCUGUUUAAAGGUGCGUGGAAGGCAUGUCAGAUAGCGAUUUGGCAAAACCACUCACCCUCUGUUAAACAUCACGGCGUUUAAAGGAGGGUGGGAGCUCUCUGAAGUGUCUGCCAGGUUCCUUUUAAUAGAGGUGAGGCUGGGGAUAGUUGCUUGAGGUGAACUGUGAGGGAGGGUGGUUGGGGGAACUAUAAGGGAUAGGUGAUGGGUGAAGUGUAAAGGAAGGGAAUUGGUCAGGCGUAAAGGAAAGACUAGAUAUGGGGUGAGGCAGAUUGUUAAAGAGACUAAGCAUUCCCUUAUAUUUUGUAACCCAACCUGUGAAUUUAUGGUGAAGGGACAGUGAAAAAAUGGGAAUAAUUAUCAUUUAGGUCAAAUUGCCAUCCUAUUUUUAAAUUGCUGCUUUUUUUCAAAAUAGAUGCAAAUCAUUACACAUUCAUUUUUAAGGCUACCUUGCACCUGCAAUCUACAUUGCUUCAAUUCUAAAAUAAAAGGUGAACAUGUGCAAACUUUCACAUUAAAAUAAUAAAUGUAUGAAUUUUAUGUUUAAAUUGUGAAUAUUUAAACAUAAAUAUUUAAAAAUCCAAAGUGCUUUUAAAAAAAAGUUAUAUUGAAUAAACUUUAAAAACAAUAAAUACAUAUAGUAUUUUAAACUCUUAAAGUCAUCAGGUCUGCAGUCCUGGUGACUGACUGACUGAUAUUUUCACAGCUAAUUGGCUCACAAGAGCUUGCUUUUGGCUAACCUGCAAUAAUUGCAUGCAUGUCGCUUUAAAUUACCCAAAUCCUACGUGCAAAAUGGCACAGUGGCACCAGGCAUGUAUCCCCAGACAAUGCUAUAUUUGCACACCUGAGACUUUUCAAAGUCCAGGAUGACUGUCAUAAUCAUUUCCUGCAACAAAUAUUUGUUAUUGUACUUGGGGAUCAAAGUUUGAGUUUGAUUGGGCUGUUUUUGGUUUCUUUAUUUUAUUUGGGUAUGGGGGUUUUGCUUUUGUUUGAAUUUCUAGAUAUUCUGAUUAGUUUUUUUAGCUUAAGCUUCUUGCAAGGGAAAUGUAUUUCAAUCCCUUCAAGUAACCAAAAAUGAAUUGCUUUGUGCGUACUCCAACAGGGGUAGUUUGCUAGUAGCGAAACUUUAAAGCAGCCCUCCACAACCUACUGCCCUCUAGAUUUUUUUUGUACUACAUCUCCCAUCAUUCCUAAUCAUUGGCCAUGAUGACUGGGGCUGCUGGAGUUGAAGUCCAAAAGACUUGGAGGACACCAGGCUGGUCGAAAAAUCCAUUGCUCCGAGUAGUGACAUAGAUACAAAAGUCAUUGAGUGCACUUGUAUCACUAGAGUUCUCAUUUACUUUAUUUAUACACUCCAUUGAUGUGUCGGCUUUUUAACAAAGCACUCAAAUGGUUUACAACCUAAGAGGAUCAGUCACAUUAAUAGAGGAUACGUUUAUUAACAACCACAAGCCAUGGUGGCUAUGUUCUGCCUCCACUGUCAGGGAUAACCUGUUUGUGAAUAGCAGUUGCUGGAAAUCACAAGUAGGGAGAGUGUUGUUGCAGUCAAGUCCUACUUCCCAUAAGCACCUGGUUUCCCACCGUGAGAACAGGAUGCUGGGCAAGAUGGGGCUUUGGUUUGAUUCAGCAGAGAUCUUCUUAUGUUCUCACUGGCCAAUCGUGGACAUUGUCACAUCGUCCACAUUUAUGCCAUGCCGUAGGCAGCUAGACCUGCAAAGCGGGGGUUGGCUCCAUACCAUGUGCACACUAACAUACCCUCCAACAUUUCUCUGAAGAAAUAGGGAUGUCCUAUUCCAUCAUCAAGGGAUGUGGGUGGUGCUGUGGGUUAAACCACAGAGCCUAGGACUUGCCGAUCAGAAGGUCGGCGGUUCGAAUCCCUGCGACGGGUAGAGCUCCCAUUGCUCGGUCCCCGCUCCUGCCAACCUAGCAGUUCAAAAGCAUGUCAAAGUGCAAGUAGAUAAAUAGGUACCGCUCCAGCGGGAAGGUAAACGGUGUUUCCGUGCACUGUUCUGGUCUGCUGGCCACAUGACCCAGAAGCUGUACGCCGGCUCCCUCGGCCAAUAAAGUGAGAUGAGCGCCGCAACCCCAGAGUCAUCUGCGACUGGACCUAAUGGUCAGGGGUCCCUUAACCAUUACCUUUAUUCCAUCAUCAUCAUCAUCAUCAUCAUUUAUACCCCACCCAUCUGACUGGGUUACCCCAGUCACUCCAACAUAUAUAAAAACAUAAUAAAACAUUAAACAUUUAAAAAAACCACUUCCCUAUACAGGGCUGCCUUCAGAUGUCUUCUAAAGGUUGUAUAGUUACUUAUCUCUUUGGCUUGGGGGUCACAUAACUCCAUGCCCACCAACAUUUCUCCAUGAAAGUAGGGAUGUCCUAAGGAAAAGUGGGACAUUCCAGGAUCAAAUCAGAAACCGGGAGGUGUUCUGUAAAUCUGGGACUGUCCUUGGAAAAUAGGGACACUUGGAGGGUCUGCACUAAAGCAUAACCAACAUGUGCAAAUCUAUAUUGCAGAUAGAUGUGUGCAUAUUAUGGCGUUGAGGUAUGCAUUGUGUUUGGAGUGGAGCCAGUAAAGUACAUUCUUGACUGAAGUCUGACAACGCAUUGUGAAAUGCUUCUUCCAUCUUCCUCUCAUGUUGACCUUCAGGAGACGAGCUGACUCUGAAUGGGAGCAAGAACUGUUUUGAGUUGUUGUUGCUGCUGUUGCUACUAACACAUUUUGUGGCAAGUAAAAAUCUCUCUCUCUCAAUUCGCAGAAGAACUGA